GAAACCUGGGUACCAUGGAAAGAAAAAUUUGUGAAGGCCUGGACAAAUGAAUUACUUCAUUUAGGAACAACUGUAACAUCUCAUAUUGAGAGUUCACAUGCUACAUUAAAAGCAUACUUGCAGACGUCCACAGGAGACCUUUACCGUGUUUACACAGCAAUAUCUUUAGCAGUAACCAACCAAAAAAAAGAACUCAAUACUAUGAUUGCAUCAGAACAUAUUCGUAUCCCAGCCUUUGCUACUAACAAUUCUUUGUAUAGAAAUAUUAAGGGUAGACAAUUAGCUGCACAAGAUACAUUAAAAAGCAUUAUUGAUGAACCUUCAAUGGCCUUACAAAAUCCUGGUAUAGUCCGUACCAAAGGUCGUCCCUCUGGAGCUCCUAAUAACCAAAAAGUCAACUCAACUAAAAGAGAUCCUUCUGGCUUCGAAUUAGUAGAUCCCAAAGCAAGGCAUUGUGCCAUUUGCCAACAACCUGGGCACAACGCUC